AUGACUGAACGUUCCCAAGUGAAUUCACAGCGGGUUGUAUCGCCAUUCGAAGAACGCCAGAAACCCACUUUAGGCUCAAAGGUGGAGGAAACACAGACUCCAAGCCCAAAAUCACAAAGACUGAUAACGUACAGAACACAUCGCGAAAGAAAGGAGCAGUACGUGCGAUAUCUUGAGCAUGAGAUUUCACGCUUGCAGGAAGAGAACAAGAACCUUGCCGAAGCCUACGCAGCUAUUCAACCAGAGGGUAAAAUGCCACUGUCACUUCGGGAUGAAAAUGAAAAACUGCAAAAAGGUCUUGGUUCGCACAAUAUCGAAUAUCGUCUCGAAAGAGGGCAGCGCGGCUCGUUGUGCGACUCGGUGAGAGGGAGCCAAUCGAGUUCAGUCGCAGCGACUAGCACCGCGAUGCGAGCGGUCGGGACUCAAACCGAAAAGCGAGUGUGUACCUACGAACGUAAUGAUGCUCUCGCUCCAUACAAUGUUUCCAUGGCCUCUUUGAAGCCCCUGCCCAGCAGGGGUUCCGCGUCUGAAGUAGUGUGGCUUCCCGGAAGUGAAAUGCCAGCAAAAUCUAAGCACCCACCGGAGAAACCUCAGAGAUCCUCAAAAAUUACUGGCGUAUACAUCCUUGUUGCGUCUAGCAACGAGACUGAUGUGACGCUUUUCACUAUCCCAACGCUCAGCAAGUCCCACUCUCACGCAAUUGUUAUGGAUCUUGCAAAGAUCGACGACCAUCUCAGUUGGACAGAUAGAAUCCGACAUAAGCUCAUUGAAAAUCGGGCUGAGUUUCAAAUCGGUGGUGCUUGCUAUGGUAAUGUCUACAUCACGACAAAGUACGAUUUCCAACCAUAUGAGACGAUGCGUUUUACGUGCUUGAUUCAGAAAUGCCUCACCGUGCUCGGCAAUAAUAUCACAAUAUCUCGAGCAUUACGGGAAGCAGAUCCAGAAGUGGAUAACAAGAUGCAGCCAGCAGCACCGGCGUCAUUUGCAUCUGAUGUCCAAAGCCAGGGACGCACCACGAAAAUCACCAAACGUGGUCGCUUCAUACAUCAACCAAAGCAAAGAACGACCGCUCCGCAACGCAAAGGAAAGAUUGGUUUUGCCGCAGGUUUUGGCCAAGUAGAGACAGACCUGCAUUCUCGCGUGCCUAGAGCUUCCAGGAGAUGGACAGCAUCAGAGAAAAUGCAGUUGCAAGUGUUACUUGAGAUUUUAAGUACCCGGAAGCAUUUUAGCUGGAAAGAAGCUGCACAAGAAUAUGAAAAGCUUUUUAAUGAAGGAAGAAACCCAGUUUCUCUUGCACGCAAAGCUCGCUCAAUGGGCUUCCCAGGUCUACGAAAGCUCAGGCAAAAGCAUGCAGACCCAACAGAAGUCCAGCACACUGUUUCUUCCAGCGAGGAUUUUGCAAUUGAGCGUCUCUCUGAAACUUCACCCGAAAAUUUACCAGGCGCGGAGUCUUUCCCAGACUUCUCUGAAACCCGUUCUCAUUCCCAAGAGCGGGGCAAGCCUUGGGCCUCCUCGUCUGGACUUGGCUCGCAGAUUCUAUUCACUGUUGCAAGACACACCGGACAUAAUCUCAAAUGA